AUGGUUCAGUCCGCUAUCCUCGGUUUCCCCCGUAUGGGUGUUAACCGUGACCUGAAGAAGGCCACCGAAGCUUACUGGGGUGGAAAGAUCUCUCAGUCCGACCUCCUCGCUGAGGCCAAGCGCCUCCGUCUUGCUCACUGGAAGAUCCAGCAGGAUGCCGGUGUCGACAUCAUCCCCAGCAACGACUUCGCCCUCUACGACCAGGUCCUCCACCAGAUCCAGGACUUCGGUGCCGUUCCCGAGCGAUACACCAAGGAUGGUCUUGACCCUAUUGACCAGUACUUCGCCAUGGGCCGUGGUCACCAGAAGGAGGGUAUCGAUGUUCCCUCUCUGGAGAUGGUUAAGUGGUUCGACUCCAAUUACCACUACGUCAAGCCUACCCUCCAGGACAACCAGACCUUCAAGCUCACUGACAGCCCCAAGGCUGUUGCUGAGUUCAAGGAGGCUAAGGAGGCUGGCAUCAACACCCGCCCCGUCCUCGUUGGUCCCGUCUCUUUCCUGCACCUUGGCAAGGCCGACCGUGGCCAGUCUGUCGAGCCCAUCGACCUUCUUGAGAAGCUCCUCCCUGUCUAUGAGCAGAUCCUCACCCAGCUGAAGGAGGCUGGCGCCGAGACUGUCCAGAUUGACGAGCCUGUCCUCGUCUUCGACCUUCCCCAGAAGACCAAGGAUGCCUUCAAGCCCGCCUAUGAGAAGUUCGCCAGCCUUGGUGACAAGAUCCCCAAGAUUGUCUUCACCACCUACUUCGGUGACAUCGUCCACAACCUUGACCUCCUCCCCAAGGACGUCUAUGGUGUCCACAUCGACCUUGUCCGCAACCCCGAGCAGCUCGAGAAGGUUCUCGGUGCUCUCGGCUCCAACACCAUCCUCUCUGCUGGUGUCGUCGACGGCCGCAACAUCUGGAAGACCAACCUGAAGCGUGCUAUCGAGACUGUUGAGACCGCUAUCCAGAAGCUCGGCAAGGACCGUGUCAUUGCUGCCACAUCCAGCUCUCUCCUCCACACCCCUCACACUCUUGCCAGCGAGAAGAAGCUGGACCCCGAGAUUGCCGACUGGUUCUCUUUCGCUACCGAGAAGGCUUCUGAGAUUGCUCUCAUUGCCAAGGCCGUCACUGAGGGCCCUGCCUCCGUCCGUGAGCAGCUUGAGGCUAACGCCAAGUCCAUCAAGGCUCGUGCCGACUCUCCCCGAACCAACGACCCUCAGGUCAAGGAGCGCCAGUCCAAGGUCACACAGAAGGACUACGAGCGCAAGAGCGAGUUCACUACCCGUAUCAGCCAGCAGCAGAAGAAGCUGAACCUUCCCCUCUUCCCCACUACCACUAUUGGAUCUUUCCCCCAGACCAAGGAGAUCCGAGUUCAGCGAAACAAGUUCACCAAGGGUGAGAUCACCGCUGAGGAGUACGACCGCUUCAUUGAGAAGGAGAUUGAGGAGAACAUCAAGAUCCAGGAGGAACUUGACCUCGAUGUCUUCGUCCACGGUGAGCCUGAGCGUAACGACAUGGUUCAGUUCUUCGGUGAGCGAUUCCAGGGUUAUGCUUUCACCACACACGCCUGGGUUCAGUCCUACGGUUCUCGAUGCGUCCGACCUCCCAUCAUUGUCGGUGACAUCUCUCGACCUCAGCCCAUGACCGUCAAGGAGUCCAAGUACGCCGUCUCGGUCUCCAAGAAGCCCAUGAAGGGUAUGCUUACUGGACCCGUCACCUGCCUUCGAUGGUCUUUCCCCCGUGACGACGUCCACCAGUCCGUCCAGGCUGAGCAGCUUGCCCUUGCCCUCCGUGACGAGGUCGUCGACCUCGAGAAGGCCGGCAUCGACGUCAUCCAGGUCGACGAGCCCGCUCUCCGUGAGGGUCUUCCCCUCCGCUCCGGUGAGGAGCGUGAUGCCUACCUCAAGUGGGCCGUCCAGGCUUUCCGCCUCUCCACCGCCGGUGUUGAGGACGCCACUCAGAUCCACUCUCACUUCUGUUACUCUGAGUUCCAGGACUUCUUCCACGCCAUCGCUGCCCUCGAUGCCGACGUUCUGUCCAUUGAGAACAGCAAGUCUGAUGCCAAGCUUCUCCGAGUCUUCGUCGAUUCUGAGUACCCUCGCCACAUCGGACCUGGUGUCUACGACAUCCACUCUCCCCGUGUCCCCAGCGAGCAGGAGAUUAAGGACCGCAUCGAGGAGAUGCUUCAAUUCCUUAAGCCCGAGCAGCUCUGGAUCGACCCUGACUGUGGUCUCAAGACCCGUCAGUGGAAGGAGACCAAGGAGGCGCUUGCCAACAUGGUUAACGCCGCCAAGUACUUCCGUGCCAAGUACGCCAAAUAA